CGUUUGCUAACCGUUUGGAAGGGUACCGGUUAACUGAAACUGAUAAAUGCCCAGAACUGGCUAUUGCCGAGGUGCUGGCCACGCAUCAAUCGGCAGUUGCUGAACAACUUGCGCUUCGCUCGCUUGGAUUCGUACAAAUCGACCCACAACACAAUUCGAUAAAUAUACAAAAAUAUGGAGUGGACCAAGGCCGGCGCACUUCUUUGACGCCGACUGUUCCAUUGGCAAAAUUCUGUUUGCCUUUAUGCGCAAUCAUCCAUCAUCCAUCAUCAUACUUUUCGAAUUAUCGACUAUUGAUACUCCUUUCCAAUUGCAGAUUUCCGACACAGAGGGAACAGCACUGACCAAUGGCGAGGCAAUCAGCUUUGCCAUACGGAUUGCACAGCAUCUGAAGGCCCUGGGUCUGAGGGCAGACGAUGUCGUUGGUAUAGCUGGCACUAAUACCACAUACUUAAUGCCUGUUGUGCUGGGCUGCCUCCUCAAUGGCACACCAUUUCAUGCUGUUAGUCCCUGGCACGAUGAGGCCACAUUUAAGCAUUUGUUUUGUAUAACUCGCCCCAGGCUCAUCUUUUGUGACGGCUUGGUCUAUGAGAGACUCGGGGUUGUGGCCAAAAUGCUUAAGGCUCCGGUGUAUACGCUCAAGGACCAUCGCCUGCAGCUGCCGCGCAUUGAGGAUCUCUUGGAACCUACCAAAAGUGAGCUCAACUAUGUAUAUAUCGCUGUUGCUGGGCGGUACUACGGGUCUCCCAAAGGCAGUCUGCAUAUCGAACUCCGUAGCGAAUAA